UUGUUCAACAAUUAAAAAAGUGAUUGUUAGUAUUAAUAAGAUCAAAGGUUUUAUGUUGUUCUCAUUUCUCAACAAUCUUAGGCAAGAGCCUUUCUUUUCCUUCUUCUGCAUCACCACUGAGAAAAGAGCGCAUCUUGGUCUCCAAUGUGAAGCGAGCUUGAGCUUUACCAAACAAACAUGGCUGCAAUAGCUGCAAGGAUUCUUGGUUCCAAUUCGCGGACCGCGCUCCGUCGCUGGUGUCGCUCCUCUUACUCCUCCACCUCCGCAGCGGUGGCGCAAGUGGAGAGCACGGAGGUGAAGGACUACGCCGAUUACCGGCGCUCCCUAUACGGACAGAUCACGCACAAGGCGGUCCUCGUCGAUGCUGUUGGCACGCUCGUCCUCCCCUCGCAACCCAUGGCUCAGAUUUAUAGGACGAUUGGCGAAAAGUAUGGUGUGGAGUAUUCGGAGGAUGAAAUACUGUUCAGGUACAGAAGAGCAUAUGGGCAGCCUUGGGGAAAAUCUCGUCUCAGAUAUGUCAAUGACGGUAAGCCCUUCUGGCAAUACAUAGUUAGUUAUUCCACCGGCUGUUCAGAUCCUCAAUACUUUGAAGAACUUUAUAACUAUUAUAUGACAGACAAGGCGUGGCACCUCAAUGAUCCCGGAGCAGAAGAAGUUUUUAGAGCUCUUCGAAAAUCAGGUGUGAAAUUAGCUGUUGUAUCAAAUUUUGAUACUAGGUUGAGACCUCUCCUGCGGGCAUUAAAUUGUGACACUUGGUUUGAUGCGGUAGCAGUGUCAGCUGAGGUUGCGGCCGAAAAACCAAAUCCAACUAUAUUUCUGAAAGCAUGUGAACUAUUGGAUGUAAAACCUGAGGAUGCUGUUCAUAUUGGGGAUGAUCGCAGAAAUGAUAUAUGGGGUGCCAGGGAUGCCGGCUGUGAUGCUUGGCUUUGGGGAAGCGAUGUUCACUCUUUUAAGGAGGUAGCUCAGAGGAUUGGGGUUCAGGUGUGAAAGGUGAUAGCUUUUGACAAUAAGUAUGAUGUUAUGCAAGUAGAGUACUUUAGGCUUUUAGCUUUAAGGCCGCAGAUGUAAAUGUUGUACUCUUCAAUGUGUGUGUAUGUAUGUAGAUACAUGUAUGAAAGAGAUGUGAACCUAUAAAAACCAUUAAUCUAAGAGGUUUAGGUUUAGGUAGGAGUUUAUAUCUUUUAA